CUGCCCGCCCGCCCGCUCGCUCCUGCCAGUACGUCGAAGAGGCCUUGCUUCAUUUGCCUUCAUCUCUCCUCUGCUCACGCGCCGCUAAUCCCCGACCUCCGACCUGCGAGGUGUGAGAAGGCGCAGGAUUCUUACAUUCGAACGACGAGGUUUCUCUCCAGUUCCCACUUUAUGAUUUGAGUAUGCACCAUUGAGGAUGCAACCUGGGCGAACAGAGUUGUUCUGGCCUCGCCAAUUGGUGAGGAAGUGGCUCCAGUUCAAACCAACUGGAGAUGAUUUCAACGCUGAUAAUAUUGAGCAUGACUCGAUUAUGGCGGAAGAGGAAGAAGAGGAAGUCGAGGAGGGGGAGAGAGAAAAUAGCGGACUUACGGACUCUCUGCCUGCACUGACCAUCAUGGAGGAGCCAUCGCCACUGACCAGGCCUCCACGACCACUUCAUCGAGGUCAAAGCGAGAAUCUUAGACCAUUAAUUCGAGGUCAAUCUGAGACUUUGCGGAAACAAUAUGUGGACACCAAGGAGUACCGCAUUGCUGUAGGAACUUGGAAUGUUGCGGGCAAACCCCCUCCUGACGAACUGGACCUUGAUGAGUGGCUCGACAGCUGUCAAGAGGCUGAUAUAUAUGUUCUAGGUUUCCAGGAGAUCGUGCCAUUGAAUGCGGGGAAUGUCCUCUGCGUAGAGGAUGAAGGACCAGCUGCAAAAUGGGAGAAGUUAAUACGAGACUCUCUGAACAACAGGUGCUCGUCUUACAGAGAAAAGAGUCAGAGUGCUCCUCACUCACCUUGGAAGGACAAUGUAUCCGAUGUUCCCGAGAUAGACAUAGAAGCCAUAAUUGAAGGGGUUGCAAGUGAUGACAAGAUAUGCUCCCUAGUGGAAUCUGACGUACCAGCACCGGUCGUAGCUCGGAGGUCUUCUGUCAAGGGACAAAAGGAGGGCACAGGCUCAAACAAGCACAGGUCAAAAAAACCGUAUCGGAUCACAACAGACGUGAGACUGACACCGGAAAGGAGAUUUUCAGCGGAUGGUUUGGAGAGAUUAUAUGAUCGAACGGGUUCGUCAGAUGAGAGGAGGCUACUGGAAGGAAGGCUAUUAGAAGAUGCAGGAUUACCUUCAGAUCGGAGGAGAAAGUCUUCAGACGAAAGACUAUUGUCAGAAGCACGGUUUCCUUCUGAUGGUCAUCUGUAUGAUUGGUCUUUAAAAGAUUCCAUCCCAGGUCCUGGCGAAGCCUUUCAUUCCUUCCUGGAUCAAGAAGAUUCCCUGCAAACGCCACUUUUCCCACCAGCGGAAUCCGAUAGCCAGCAUUUUUCUGAGGAAUCCGAGCGUAUCAAAGCACGUUACUCGAGGGUAGCAAGUAAGCAGAUGGUGGGCAUAUUUAUUAGUGUUUGGGUCCGAUCUGAACUUCGGCGUUAUGUUCACAAUGUCAAGGUGUCUUGUGUUGGUUGCGGCCUCAUGGGUUACCUCGGCAACAAGGGGUCUAUAUCAGUCAGCAUGUCUCUCCAUCAGACUUCUUUUUGUUUCACAUGUUCCCAUCUGACUUCGGGCCACAAAGAAGGCGAUGAACAACGCAGAAAUCAAGAUGUUGCUGAGAUAUUGCGGCGCACUGUUUUCCCUAGGUCCUCAAAAUUGUUGCAGCUUCCUGAGAACAUCAUGUCUCACGAUUGCAUGAUUUGGCUGGGAGACCUGAACUAUCGCAUUGCUAUGCCAGACCAUGAGGCGAGGACUUUGAUUGCCAAUGAGGACUGGGAGGUACUUUUAGAGAAAGAUCAGUUGAAACUUGAGCAAAAUGGAGGGCGAGUGUUUGAUGGAUGGCAAGAGGGACCAAUCUACUUUCCUCCUACCUACAAAUAUGGUUUCAACUCAGAUCAGUAUUCUGGAGAAAACGUCAAGCCUGGCGAGAAGAGACGAACACCAGCAUGGUGUGACCGUAUAUUAUAUCUUGGAAAAGCGCUGAGAGAAUUAUCGUACAUCCGUACGGAGUCUAGACUGUCAGAUCAUCGCCCUGUUAGUGCCGUAUUCGUAGCAGAAGUGGAGCGACUUAGCCGCCACAAGUUGAAGAGAGCCGUGACAUUUGCUAAACCAGUGCAUAGCAUUCAAUCCGAGGACAUUUCUCCUCAUCUUUCAUCCCUUCGAGGUUUACACAAAAUUCCCAUUGACGAGAUGAGGUUUCCAUCACUUGCGGAUGUACGUAAUCCACAACCCACUGCGAAGCUGACAGUCUCCCAGUCGUUCAAACAUAAGCUCCGGAAGGAACGGUCACUACCCAGUACAUGCAUGAAAAUUGGAGAAGACAUGGAGGUGAGAAGAUUUUAGCAGCAGAGAGUGCGAUGUGGAGCAGUCUAACUUUUAAUUUCCUCUGGCUUGACAAUCAUGUCAAUAUCUUUUUUGCUCAUCUUCAACCACACAACAUCUUUUAACCUUCCUGCUAAUAACCUUGUCCACUGACAAAGUGUUUCCUUGAGGAGCCGUAUCUGAUCGGGACUUGUGGAUGUGAAACAGCAGAUUUCUAAUCAAGGAUUUGCGCAUCCAAACAUGUUGUCAGUGUUCUGAAGUUUUGACCGAUGCUGCCAAGAAUCUCCUCAGUGAUGCUUAUAGAAAUAUAUGUCAUUGCUGCCUUCAUAAGACAACGGAAGGUUCUUCUUCUGUGUAUCAUAGACAACUGUGAAACCAUCUGCCGACUCAAGACUAAAGAAUUCCAAGACCACAUAGGCGAGACUAUCCGUGUACAAAUAGCUAAAACGCUCAGAAAUAUAACUAAUGAUUAUGAAUCUAUAAGGUCAUGACUCGGGCGGAACGGGGUGAAGGUUGAUAUAUUAAGUAGUACAUAAUAUAGUAGCAGCUACGUCAGGGGAUUCUCUGCAUCCCCUCAAGAGUAAGCACGAUGUGCAGAGUAAUAUUUAGUAAUAGAGAAUUUUACCGAGACAGACCUGGACUAAACCUGGUUCGGGAGCUGUUUUAGAGAAAUCAAUUGGCUGUGGCACAAGUAUUGGAGUCCACCAGUUAAUCACCACGUCUCAAUUCAUGGCUGCUCGAAGCGCCAUUGGAGGUACUUAUGUCUGUUACUUGUAAUUCGUGGCUGUUGUUGAAGCUCAUGUCGCCUUUCCUGAACUUAUGUCGUCGCUCUGUUCAACAGUACCUACAGGCUCUGUCCAGCUGACAUGAGUGGUCUGGUUAUGGCUCGCAGAAGGAGGAGUAUAAUAAGGGAUUUAAUGGCUAGUGGGUAGAAUUGAAGCACCAAUAAGUUGGUACUUCGUCACUUCCUUUGUACAUCAAAAAGUAUAUAUUGUUCAAGAAAUUCCUUUGUACCAUUAUUUCAGUUAUUUUAAGAUCUCAACGUACUACUGCUUUCAUGAGUAUUUAUGUUUGUGUAUAUGAAGUGUUCGAGUAUGUUCAGAGUUCGUACCAUCUUGUAAAUGCAUAAUAUAUCUUUAUGAAGGCAUUACUAUUCUGAUCCUUGAUAGAUCUUAAAGUUUGAAAGAGUAACAACCUUCGGUGGAUGGAAAUGAAAGUAAGAGAAGACUUUGUCAUCUGGAGGUAUCAAGUUGCCCCAGCCCUGCAAUUAAGUGAUAACUCAGAGUUUUUACUGACUUUGCUAGCCCUAUACUUAUUUCCGAGGGUAAGAGAGGGAAGAUAAUUAAGUACAUAUGAAAAAGUGAAGAAAAUCUAACGGAGAAUGCAAGCUGUAGCUUUUAAGAAAUGGGUAGUAGAGUUGUAAUCUAGACAAAGCCCGUAGGCAAAGUUAGCGUUCCUUUGCGAGGACGAGGGCGAAGUUGAGACGUCCGGUGUAGUGGCAUUUGAGAAUGGCAAGCGUUUGCAAUUUACUGUUCUGCUGGAUGGACUCUGGCAUUCAAUGAGAAAAGCUAACACCAGCUGGUUUCAACAGACAACGUUUGUAGGACUGAAGGUUGAAGUUAAACAAGUGCGAGUGGUGAAGAUCUUUCUCUUCCGGUACAAAGUGGGGCCAAGAUGGGCCUCGACAUCCCGACCUUUAGUCUUGCCUCUUCUGUUACUGCAACCACUGGGUUCUAAGAUCUGAGAGUCGUCUUGCCGUAACCGAAGGUUCUGUAGCCGGCGCGUGAUUAGCCAUUCAAGAAUUUGGAGCUUUUAGUUCUUUCCCAUAUCUGUAUAUAAAGAGCCCAGGUCGAAGAGUUGAUCAAAGAGUAGUGCUUUUGGUCCUGGAGGUUGCUAUACUCCCCCUGAAGGAGAUACUCCACAUCGACAAGGUUUUAAGGAGCAAAGAUGGAGCAAAGAUGUAAAUAUGACGAACACUGUACUUUAAUGUAAACUAUUGAUCUGACAUUUUUCUGAUGCUCAGCUUC